AUGAUUCCAACGAUUAGGUUAUUAGCUCGUUCAGCAUGGAAAGGUCCAAAUAUUGUUCCAUUACCAAUUAAAGAAGCUAUUAAGAAUGGUGUACCAAUUAGAACCAAUGCUAGAAGUGCUACAAUACUGCCUCAAUUUGUUGGUUUGAAGUUUCAAGUUCAUAAUGGUAAGGAGUACGUUGCUUUUGAAGUCGUUGAAGACAUGAUUGGCUGUAAAUUAGGUGAAUUCGUUCCGACAAGAAAGAGAUUCAAGUACAGUCAAACCAAAAACAAAUAA